AUGCUCUUAUGGCUCUUAUUGGCGUCACAAAUCCAUCUGAACUGGAGCUGUGACCGAGGUCUCACUCAACUCCGCCAUAGAGACACAUUGAUGUUGAUGAGAUGCGUCCCUACGAUCCCAGUAGGACUUUCCCUUUUGUCUUUCAACUGUUACUGCAGCUCUUUUCAGGGACAACCAGAUCCCUGUAUAGUCCAAACGGGCGGCCGGAUGUCCUGGUGCCAGCAAGACGGACAGGACUACGUCUGUUGCGGCACCACUGAACUGCUCAUAGAGCUGCUCGCCGGAAGGAGUGUCAAGGUAAGUCUUAACUGAAGGUUAAUGAGAAGGAAGAUCAGAAUUCAACAUUUUGGAAUCUGAAAAAUAAACUUUUUUUUGAUUUCUACUUUUGCUUCCUGUGAACAUUGGUCAAAUUUCUUCUCAAAGAGUUCAAUUAUCACUGGGUAAGUCGCUGAACAAUGCUCAAUCUUGGAGAGGAGGCGUGUCAAAAGUCUUCUGCCAGAAAUCAGAAAACGGCGCCAAAUAUCGAAAAAAAAGAAUUUUUUUGAAAUAAGAACUUACAGUUGACAUUUGGGAUAUUAAUUGAUUUCUUUGUGCUUAUUCAUAGAUAAAUUAUUCCACCCCGUGCAGAACUGAGAAAAGAGUACUUUCAAGAAAAAAAAAAGCCGCCUGUAACUAUUCAGAAUAAACAUGUUUUUUUAAUGGACUGACGUCUUUUGUCGAAAUCUUGAAGAGUUAAGCUAAGAAGAAGUUUUUACACUGCGUACACCAAGAAAUCUUUGAAGUUUUAGAAAAUUCCGAUGACUGACCAGUGGCGUUACUACCCACGGAACUCCCAUUUCGACUAUCAAGUCGUCGUGAGAGCUCAAACAGGUUUCCUCAUUUACUAUUUGAAUUAAACUAAUUGGGGGCUUUUUUCGCAGUCGAGCUGAGCGACGAGGUUCUGACCAACAACGUGAUCACAACGCCGCCGCCGGCCUAUCCACCAAUCAUUUACAAGAAAAUUGGUUCUCAGGUUUGUUAAUAAUUUCUGUUGAGAUAUCUUCCAAUCUCUAUGAACGAUUGACCAAAAUGCAGAAAAUGUCAAAAAAGAAUUUUUUUCUGAAGAAAAAAGUCUGUCGUCCCCUCUCUUUUUCAAAACUUUCGUUCACAGAAACUGUGUUCCCUUCAAAUCGAAAAGGCCGUUUCUUGGUGCUCAGACAGAAAGAAAGGCUUUGUCUGGACUCUCCUCGUUCCCAUGAUCCCUCUCCGAAGAUUCCCAGACCGUUUUUGUAUAGCGCCGGUGCCACAGCCGCGAGCGGAAUUUUCUCUUUUUUGUUCCGUCGCCAUCUUUCCCUUUUGUUUACAUCCCGUGACAUUCUGCGCAGCCAACAACAGUAAGAACACAGAUUUACACAUCGCGGCUCGACAAAAUGGUUUUUGAAAGCUUUUGGAUGAGUCGAGCAACGGUUUUUGAGAUAACACUAAUGGACGUUUUAAAGUGGGUCAUGGGACAGGAAAACAUAACGGGAAAGAAGAAAGCCAACGUUAGAUGAUAGAGUCAAAAGAGCUGCAGAAAUAUAUUUUCAUGAAAAAUAGGCAAAAAGUAACUACGUUUUUUCUUGACUUUUCAAAAAUAGUAUGAAAAUGUAAUGAGCUAUCCAAAACGAAAAAAGUUAGACGACACAUUUUUGGAAGUUCGUCAUAUGAAAGUGGUUUCGAGCUUGACCUUUCUGACUCUUUGAUAUAUUUAAGAACCGCAAAAAUUUAAAACUUUUUCUAAUGCAAGCAUAGCGAAAACCAAGAAAAAAACUGUAAGACUAGACACAGAGCCUACUGCCAACGACGUCGCUGCACAUUCUAUCCGUGCCAAUGAUCGCCAUGGGGAACUUCACAGACUCGCUGCGACUGGCGACCAACGUGGUCGCAGUUCGCGACGGCGACUGCACCAUCGUCGUCGACACCGGCAUGCCUUUCCAGAAAGACGAGCUGAUUCGAAGUCUGUCAAGGUGCGACUGAAGAGAUUCAUGCGCUCCAUUCAGAUCUGCACGAGUUUGGAAUGCGCGCCGCUGAAGUGCAGUUCCUUGUCCUGACCUCCUCGCUGCCGCAGUUCAUCGGCAAUCUGAACGUUUUCCCGCACGCUCAGGUCGUCGUCGAGAAGUUGUUCAUCUACCAAGACCACGCCAUCCGCGGAGGGAUCACCGAGGUUUCAUUUAGAAGUUUUUUUCCAAACUUGAAACGAAUUUUAAAAAAUCUUUUCAAAUCUUCGAUAAGAGCUGCCUUUUUUUACUGAUUUUAUUGGUUUGUGGGAUGAAAACUUGAAGCAGAUACUUAUAUUCAAACGAAAGCAUUUUUGAGAACAUUCGGGUGGAAACUUGUUCAUCUAACACCUAUUUGAUGGCUACGCCGGGCCCGACCGCCAAUUCCGUGACUCUUUUCGUCAAGAAUGUACCUUCCAUGGGAACUGUCGCCGUGACAGGUUUUCCUAUAUAACAUUUCCAUUUCAUAAACCCAUUAAGGUGCCUUGUUUAUGCACGACGACAGCAUAACCAAAAUUGAUGAAGACUACACUUGGAACUCGGCAAAAAUAAUCAACUCGAGGAGGAAAGUCAUCUGUCAGGUGCGUGAAAAUGUGAAAAAAAGAAGUAAUUUUUGGAUUUCCAGGCCAAUUGGAUUAUUCCGGCACACGCUGCUGCGUUUCCAGUCUCCAAUGAGUUACGAAAAAUGGCGAACUGCGAAUGA